GCAAAGGGCGUGUCGGGUGUGGUAAAGUGGUUUAAUGUGAAGAAUGGUUACGGAUUUAUCAACCGCACCGACACCAAUGAAGACAUCUUUGUCCAUCAAACAGCUAUUGCCAACAACAAUCCCAACAAGUUCCUACGAAGCCUCGGAGAUGGAGAGGAGCUUAUGUUAUACGUUGUCGAGGGUGCAAAGGGACCAGAAGCCUCGAAUGUGACCGCUAAGGAUGGUGGACCCGUGCAAGGAUCGAAAUAUGCAGCCGACCGCAAUUCGGAGCGUGGAGGACGUCGCUUUAGACGCAGAAAUUUCUUCCGAAGCAGCCGUCGCGGAGGUGCGCCUGCUGGCGGUGAAGGACAUGACGAAGGGUACACCAACGACCAUGAGGCAGACAGACAGGAGGAGGUGAAGGGUGGCCAACGUCGUUUCCGUGGAGGCCGAGGUCGCGGAUAUCGCGGCCGCGGUUUCCGUUCUGGUGGCGGUCGUGGUGGCUCCUAUGCAAAUGCGAACAAUCAUGAGGAUGCGUCUGCUGAGGGACAGCAGGCUGACGCAGUGAAUGGAGGUGAAGGGGGACGUGGAAGAGGACGCAGAGGACGUGGUGGUCGUGGACGUGGAGGUCGCGGACGUGGUGGCAACGGAAACGGUGCCAAAGAGUCUGAAGCUUAG